GGAGGAAACCAAUCGAAACGACGACCCCCGCCGCGACCCUGGGCGCGAGGUCACUUCACUCGCCAUUUCCUCCCGUCGCCGCACCACCAGCACCUUCCCGCCGGCGGCGAUGCACCUCUUCUCCGGCGGCGGCGGCCGCACCGGCGCGCUCCUCCCGACCACAUCCAAGCCGAAGGCGCACCACCACCGCGCCAAGGUCCCCCCCGCCUCCACCCGCCGCCGCGGCCCCCACCCCGCCGCGGCCUCCUCCUCCCGCCGCGUCCUCCAGCUCUCCGCCGCCUUCUUCUUCUUCCUCUUCCUCUUCGCCUUCCUCCGCCUAGGCUUCCCCUCCUCCCGGUCCGCCGCGCCGUCCCCCGCCCGCCCCCGCGCGCGCCUCACCCGCAGGCCGGCCUUCCGCCGCGACUCCGUGGCGGCGGAGGCCGCCGCGGCCGCGGUCGCCGCCAGGGCCGGCCGCGAGGCGCCCGUCGACAUCACCACCAAGGACCUCUACGACCGGAUCCAGUUCGACGACGUGGACGGCGGCGCGUGGAAGCAGGGGUGGGAGGUCACCUACAAGGGCGACGAGUGGGACGCCGAGAAGCUCAAGGUCUUCGUCGCGCCCCACUCCCACAACGACCCCGGCUGGAUCCACACCGUCGAGGAGUACUACGACCGCCAGUCGCGCCACAUCCUCGACACCAUCAUCGAAUCCCUCUCCAAGGAUCCCCGCAGGAAAUUCAUAUGGGAGGAGAUGUCGUACCUGGAGAGGUGGUGGCGUGACGCCCCGCGGAAGAAGCAGGAGGAGUUUGCCAAGCUCGUGCACGACGGACAGCUCGAGAUUGUCAGUGGCGGCUGGGUCAUGAACGAUGAGGCAAACUCCCACUAUUUUGCCAUCAUAGAGCAGAUGAUGGAGGGGAACAUGUGGCUCAAUGAUACCAUUGGAGUUAUUCCUAAGAAUUCUUGGUCCAUUGACCCAUUUGGCUAUUCAUCUACCAUGGCUUAUCUACUGAGGAGAAUGGGUUUCCAUAACAUGUUGAUCCAGCGAACACACUAUGAGCUGAAAAAGGAGCUUGCGAGCAAACAGAAUCUUGAAUAUUUGUGGAGGCAGAACUGGGAUAUCGAAGAAACGACUGACAUAUUUGUUCAUAUGAUGCCCUUCUAUUCUUAUGACAUACCACACACCUGUGGACCAGAACCAGCUAUCUGCUGUCAGUUUGACUUUGCUCGAAUGCGUGGUUUCAGCUAUGAGUCUUGCCCAUGGAGAUAUGAUCCAGUUGAAACAGAUUCGAACAAUGUGCAAGAGAGAGCAACGAAACUUCUGGAUCAAUACAGGAAAAAGUCAACCCUGUACAGAACAAAUACACUUCUCAUUCCUUUAGGGGAUGACUUCCGGUAUGUUAAUACCGAGGAAGCAGAAGCACAAUUCCGCAAUUAUGAAAAGCUUUUUGAUUACAUCAAUUCUAAUCCCCAUCUAAAUGCUGAAGUCAAAUUUGGAACCCUGGAGGAUUACUUCUCUACACUGAGAGAUGAAGCUGAAAAGAUAAACUAUUCACGCCCUGGUGAAGUUGGUUCUGUCGAGCUGCAAGGUUUUCCAACACUUUCAGGGGAUUUCUUUACAUAUGCUGAUAGAAAUCAGGAUUACUGGAGUGGUUACUAUGUAUCAAGGCCAUUCUUCAAAGCAGUUGAUCGCGUUCUAGAGCAAACACUCCGUGCCUCAGAGAUUCUGAGUUCAUUUGUUCUUGGAUACUGUCAGAAAUUUCAGUGUGCAAAACUUCCCAUCAGUUUCUCUCACAAACUAACAGCAGCAAGAAGGAAUUUGGCACUUUUUCAGCAUCAUGAUGGGGUAACUGGCACAGCUAAGGAUCAUGUCGUAGUGGAUUAUGGGACUCGAAUGCACACUUCUUUGCAAGACUUGCAGCUAUUUAUGUCAAGGGCAGUCGAAGUGCUUUUGGGAGACGUCCAUGAUAGAUCUGAUCCUACAAUUUUAUCACAUUUUGAGCCGGUGCAGGAACGAGCGAAGUAUGAUGUUCAACCUGUGCAUAGGGUUCUCAAGCCUCAUGAAGGGAAGACACAUUCUGUUGUCUUUUUUAACCCAUUAGAGCAAACAAGGGAUGAGAUUGUUAUGAUUGUUGUAAGCAAUCCUGAUGUAUCUGUUCUCAAUUCAACUGGGUCCUGUUUGAAAUGUCAAAUUUCCCCUGAGUGGCAGUAUGUCAGUGGCGAAAAGAUAUCUACUGGCCGGCACCGUCUUUAUUGGAGAGCUUCUGUUCCUGCACUGGGUUUGGAGACUUAUUAUGUGGCUGUGGGCCAGGAUUGUGAAAAGGCUACUCCUGCUGUGGUAAAAACAUUCACAGCUUCCCAAGAAUUUUCUUGCCCUGAACCAUAUCAUUGUUCAAAUCUUGAAGGUAAAACUGUGGAGAUGAAGAAUUCUUAUCAUACUCUUUCUUUUGAUGUAAGUCAAGGCCUCCUCCAGACAGUCACUCGUCACAAACAUGGGGAAAAGACUGAGAUAGGCGAAGAAAUUGCCAUGUACAGCAGUCGUGGAAGUGGGGCAUACCUGUUCAAACCUAUUGGGGAAGCACGACCAAUUGUUAAGGAAGGAGGAUAUUUCAUUCUAACUGAAGGGCCCUUGGUUCAAGAAGCCCAUUCCCUUCCAAAGACGGAGUGGGAUAAGUCGCCUCUCUCACAUAGCACACGCAUUUAUAGUUGCGGGGACUCUAUACAGGAUAUGCUGGUUGAGAAGGAAUACCAUGUUGAACUUGUCGGUCGUGUAUUUGAUGACAGGGAGCUAAUUGUCAGAUACAAGACAGAUAUUGACAACCAGAGAGUGUUCUAUUCUGAUCUGAAUGGAUUUCAGAUGAGUAGGAGGCAGACAUAUGAUAAGAUCCCCUUGCAGGGCAAUUAUUACCCAAUGCCAUCACUUGGCUUCUUACAGGAUUCACUUGGCAACCGAUUUUCAGUACACUCCAAGCAAUCACUGGGAGCAGCAAGCUUGAAAAAAGGAUGGAUGGAGAUUAUGUUGGAUCGUAGGCUGGUUCGGGACGAUGGACGUGGUUUGGGGCAGGGGGUAAUGGACAACCGGCCCAUGAAUGUAAUCUUCCAUCUCCUCAUGGAGUCUAAUGUGUCUGUUUUGCCUAAAUCUCACAGUUCGAUUACUCUUCAACCAUCACUCCUUUCCCACCGUGUGGGGGCACACCUGAACUACCCAAUGCAUGCUUUUAUGAGCAAAAAACUUCAUGAAAAAUCCUUUAAGCUUCCUCAACAGACAUUUGCUCCAUUGGCCACCUCUUUGCCCUGUGAUAUACACGUUGUCAACUUGAAGGUCCCUCAGCCUCUAAGAUUUGCUCAUACGGACGCAGUUGAGCCAAGAUUUGCCAUUCUGCUGCAGAGAAGGGGCUGGGAUGCAUCAUACUGCAAAAGGGGUGGGUUACAGUGUACAAGUAUAGGCGAAGAGACUGUCAAUCUGUUUGACAUGUUCAAAGAUCUGUCGGUUUUAAAUGUGAAGGCAACCUCUCUGAACCUCUUGAAUGAUGACCCUGAAAUGCUAGGGUAUCUCGAGCAAAUUGGUGAUGUAGCUCAGGAGGGUAAUGUUCUCAUCUCACCAAUGGAAAUUCAGGCAUACAAGUUAGACCUACAGCCACCAUCAUCACCAGAAGAAUAGUAUGUCGAAACAGUAUGUUUAUGCUGGUCUGCCACUAACUGGAGAAGGAUCUACAUGGAGUAGUUGGUAGCUGCAUCUGGACUCUGCUGGAACACCUGCUCUUCAGUAUGCAUAUGUGUUACAUCUGGUUGACAUACAUCGUUGAAACUUUCCUCUGGAGAGUACCCUGAGAAUUGCGGUUCAGUUCUUUUAACCUGCGAGGGUGCAGAUACCAUUUUCUCUUUGGUGAUCAUUGCUUAACAAUUGGAAGUUUGAGGCAAGUCGGAGGGAGUUAUUGGAGUAACUUCGAUGCCUACGUGCGGUCACCUGCACUUUUCUUCCAGCUUUUUUGCGCUCACCGCCGUGGCAUGUUAUUUCGGCUAAUGCUAUCAUGAUAGGAACAUAUGUGAACACAAGUUUUUGUAUAUAUCUUUUCUUGCAUCCGAGUUUUGUAGCGACAUCACAGAACCUUGUGGACAAGAUCUGAGACAGUUUAGGAACAUGAUUCUUGUUAUACCACCGCUUUCGCAUAUGCAAAUUCUGUCUGUAUACAUUUUCUGAAGAUCGCUGAAAGAAAGGCACGCCCAGUUCCUGUCUGGGGGCUUUUUGAA